CACAGCGCCGUCUCAUGGAUAACGAAUCUCGUACGAAGAGGGACCCUGACGAAUUGAACGUCAUGCAGAUCGCGAGGUCGAAGAUUGCCGAACGAAAACAGUGACUUCUUCCAUAUUGGUUCAAGGCGGUUCUCGGACUGGCUAAAGACUCGCGUCGCAGCUGGUGGUCUCAUCGAUAAAGAAACAUCUUGAUUUUGUGCAGUUAACUGUUUUAUUGUAAAAAUAUAAAAUUUGCAAACGGAAAUUCAUUUAUUGACGUGUUUUAGAACUUUCAUAAGUAAAGAAAUAUACACGAAAGGGAUUGUUUGCUGGAAAAUUAGUGGAGUAAUGCAGAUCAAAGAUAAACGAGUUAUAAUAACUGGAGCAGCAAGUGAUGUAGGUUUGGCAUUUAGUAGAGAGCUGCUGCGAAAUGGUGCUUUGAUGAUAGUUAUGAUCGAUAUAAAGCAAUGGAUUGGAGAACAAGCUGUAGAGAGUUUAAACAAUGAGUUUGGCCGCAAACGAGCUAUAUUUCUUCGCUGCGAUGUAACAAAUAAUUCCGAAUUUGACACCAAGUUGAAAGAGGCAAUCAGCAUUCUCGGUGGACUGGAUAUUUUAAUAAAUAAUGCAGGCGUAAUAAAUGAAACUAACUUUUCCAAAGCUAUUGAUGUUAAUGUCACAGCUGUGAUUCGUGGGACUCUUCUGGGGAUUCAACAAAUGCGAAAGGAUUCUGGUGGCAAGGGUGGUAUUAUCGUAAAUAUUUCGUCUAUUGCCGGAUUACGAGCUGUAUCUCAGCUUCCAGUAUAUUCUGCUACAAAACAUGCCGUGGUUAGUUUCAGCCGUUCCUUUGCGCAACCUUAUCAUUACGAAAGAACUAAUGUAAAAGUAAUUGUUCUGUGUCCCGGUUUGACCGACAUUCCAGAAGAUGUAUCAGAGGGUAUUUCAAACGUUAAUAGUUUGCAGAAUGAUCGACAUCAGGGGGUGGAGAGCGUUGCUCAUGGAUUGAUAUACGUAAUUCGAUGCGCACAGAACGGCAGCGUGUGGAUUAGCGAGGAUGGAAAACCGGUUUUUGAGGUGCAGCUUCCCGAUACUUUGCCGCAAAAAACUGAAGUCGAUGCACAAAACUAUGAGCACGAGCUGUGCGCACGUCAGGCUCUUAUCAACGUUUUGUGCCACACGACUGUACCAAAACCAAGUUUGAGAAUCGUUCGCCGUCGUUCUUCAGCAUCCGAAAGGGCAAAAGAGAUAGAAGCUAUUAAUUGCAUUGUUUCUGGAAAAAAUGUUCUAAUAACUGGCGGUGCAGCAGGAUUGGGCUACGCCUUUCUUAAUCACUUUUUAAAGCAUGGAGCAAAGAAAAUAAUUAUAUUGGAUAUUGAUGCUGAAACCGGCAAACGAAUUGAGCUCGGUGUUGAAAAAUCUUGCGGCGAGAAGAAAGUACACUUCAUACAUACCGACGUGUCUAAUCACAAACAUGUGACUGAAGCUUUUGAAGAAGCGUCAACGCUAUUAGGAAACAUUGACAUCGUGAUAAAUAACGCUGGCGUCUUAGAUGAACGAAGAUGGGAGAAGGAAAUCUCGGUUAACAUUGGAGGCAUGGUCAGCACCGCGAUGCUAGCUGUACAAUAUAUGAGCAGAGAUACGGGCGGUCACGGUGGUAUCUUGGUAAACGUGAGCCAGCAUGUGGAUAUUCGAAACACAGCUCAACUUCCGGUUUACACUGCCACGAAGCACGCUGUCAUCGGUCUAUCGCAGUCUCUAUCGGAUCCUUAUCACUAUGAGAAGACCGGUGUUACCGUGAUAACUUUGUGUCCAGGACUGACGGAGACCGCCUUGACAGUAGAUAGCCCUAAUAAACUUCUUUCCAGAGUUAUGAAGGCAGAUUUCGUUAAGAAUCUUGAACAGUUUCCGAUACAAACGCCUUACAUAGUCGCGCAGGGCCUGAUGACGAUAUUGAGGAUCGGUGAGUCUGGCAGUAUUUGGGUUAUCGAGAGUGGCAAAGCGCCUUACGAAGUUUAUGUACCGAAUCCGCGUACUCUGCGUCGGUAUUAUAAGAAUAACUUCCCACACGUUGAUACUAAGGUCGCAGGAGGUCGCGCGAUAAGAGAAGUCUGCGACAGUACGAGGACAGGUCUGAUGAGCUGCGCCUGA